AUGGAGGAUAAAAACAUUGAAAAUAUUGAUGAGCAAGAUCAAGCCGAAAAUAUUUAUUAUAACGAAGAUCAAGAUGGCGUCACAGUAGCUCAAGAGGCGGAAAUAGUUUUAGUUACAACAUCAUUCGGUGGAAUAAAAUCAUCCUUUUUUUCAUCUUUAAGAGCUCAAAACUUGUUAAACUGUAAGAAGUUUUUAUAUUUUAUAAUAGACUCCAAUAGGGACACAGGAUUAGCAAAAAAAUUAAAAGACGAAGAACUGUUUAAUAAAUGGAAAGACGAUGGGUUACUAAUAGAAGAUGAAAAAGGAAUAAUUUUACCACAAAUUUUAAUUGAUGGUGUUGCAAUAGGAAAUGAUGUAAUAUUGCAAAAUUUAGAAGAUGAAGGAAAUUUAGAUUAUAUAGUAUCUAGAUUAAAAUGCCCAAAUUGCUUAGCCGAAAAAUCUAAUACUGAUAUAACUUGCCCUCAAUGUCAAUAUGAUUAUGCUAGCUUAAUUUCAGACGAAAUGAUUAAUGGAAAAGAAGUAAUCAGAAUGUUACAAGGAGAAUUGUAUGAGGAUUAG